GUGUGAUUUAGGCCCAGCUCAGCGGAGAGGCAAACCCACAAAGGGAGAGGAAUAAGGGCAGGGAGAGAGAGAGAGAGAGAGAUAGAGAGAGAGAGAGAGAGAGAGAGAGAGAGAGAGAGAGAGAGAGAGAGAGAGAGAGAGAGAGAGAGAGAGAGAGAGAGAGAGGGAGGAAGUCCAUACAAGUUAGUUUUGCAGGACCCAGUCAGGGCCGGGACAAGAGGCAUUGCUGCAUCUGGACAUCUGGAGAGUAGAGAAACAAAGCCAGGCAGAGAAGCAGAACAAAAAGAUCUGCCCAGAGGACAUUGACCAAAACAGGGACGGGGGGGGAUUGCCAGGGAAAUUCAAACAUGGCUGCUAGAUUUCUGUCCAGUCUCUGCCUUCUCUGCAUCCUCCUAGGAACUGACUGUCAAGCUUCUGCCGCCAGAAUGGGAGAGCAGCAGCAGACUGGGCUCAAAGUGUGUGGAAAGGGUUUUUUCCUGAGUGAACAAAAUAUUUGUUUACCAUGUAACUGCAAAGGCCAAGCUGACUACUGUGAAGACAUCACCGGUGUUUGCAUAAACUGCAGGGACCACAGCACGGGGGAUUUCUGCGAAAUGUGUGAUGAUGGCUUCAUCCUGACUCUCAGUGAGGAUGGGCGACAUACCUGCAGACCUUGCUCCUGCCCUCUGUCCCUUCCCUCCAAUAAUUUUGCCGUGCACUGUGACAGAGCAGCUGCCAUGCUGAGGUGCAAAUGCAAAGAAGGCUAUGCAGGACACAUCUGUGAGAGGUGUGCCCCAGGUUACUAUGGAAAUCCAAUGGCGAUUGGUGGUUCCUGCAAGAGGUGUGACUGUAAUGGUAACACGGACCCCAACCUGAUCUUCAACGAAUGUCACAACAUUACAGGCCACUGCCAGCACUGCUGGGGAAACACGGCUGGAGCCAACUGUGAGAGGUGUGCCCCGAAUUUCUAUGGCGACGCCAUCACUUCCAAGAACUGCAGAGAGUGUAAAUGCAGCAAAUGUGGCACAUCUUCAUGUGAUGACAGGACAGGAGUGUGUCACUGCAAGCCGGGAGUCACUGGACAAUUUUGUGACCAAUGUGAGGAGGGGUACUCCGGCUUCUCCAGCUGUCAGGGCUGUCGAAGAUGUGAAUGUGGGCCAGCCUCCAUUCGCUCCACUUGCCAUCCUCUCACCCACAGCUGUCCAUGCCGCCCGGGGGCUGGAGGUCGUUACUGCGAGCGCUGCCUCCCAGGAUACUGGGAUUACAGUCCUUCCGGCUGCAAGAAGUGUGACUGUGAGAGCGGCCACUGUGACAUGCAAACAGGCGAGUGCAUGGCAGAGGCUGCUGUCAACAUGUGCAACAACAGUUGUGAUAACUGUAUAUGGCAGCUGAAUGGGGACCUGAAGCAAUCCAUUAAGACGCUGGACCAGCUGAAGGUUGGAGUGCUGAACAUCUCCUCUGGUGCUGCUGCUUACGACAGGCUCAAAUACUAUAACUACACAGUCCAUCAACUACAGAGGCAGUUUCAAAGCUGGCAAAACAAGUCAUCUGUGAUGAAGACUCAGACGGCCGAGCUGGAGGGGGCCGCGGACACGGUGGGGACGGACAUCAAAGAGCUCACAGAGUCGGAGAGCUUGGUGAAGAGUCUGGGAAACAGUUUGGACAAAAAGACAGAGGAGACCAUCAACUUGGCCGAGCAGCUCAUCACAAACAUGUCUGAUCUCAACACUCUCAUCGAAGAUAUUAUCAAUGACUGGGAACUGUACAGUGUUCAACAAGAGGUGAAUCCAGAGCUGGUCAGACAAAGAACUGAAGAAGCCCAGGAAAUGGUCACUUGGAUGAGGAGGCUGGACCUGUCACCACAAGAACCUAUCGCCAUGGACGAAUCAACCGAGGCUCAUGACUUGCUGAGGCGCAUUCGUCAGAUGGAGAAAAAACUGACGGUUACAGAGGGCCGCCUUCCGUCCAUCAGAGAAGUCAUGUCUAACUUUGUCUCCAGACUGUCAGACACUAAUAAGUUUCUUGAAGAUGCUGCCAGAACUGUGUGGGAUACCGAGGACAAAAACAAAGCCAGCCUGCUCCUGUUUAGCAGGAAAGAGGCAAAGCAUCAGAGGUUAAAUGAGGAUCACUCAUCUGUCAACAGCACAUUGGAAACAGGCAGAAGUUUUGUCUCUGAAGUUGAGAAGACAGUGGCUCAGGUGGAUGAGCUGGUGAAGAACAUGACAGAGUACCAUGCUGCCAUUGAUGGUGCCAGUCAGAAGCUGACAGAAAGGUCGGAGCGCCUCUCACUGGCAGACAGAGAUCUGGUUCAGAGGGCCGAUUAUCAUGCUGCAGAGCUGGACCGGCAGGCCAAUGAGCUGGAGGAGGAUCUGAAAGAAAGUGAUGCUAAUGGUUUUGUCCAGAGAGCCAUCAGUGCUGCCAAUGUUUACAAUAACAUUAUAAAAUACAUAGAUGACGCCAACAUCACCUCCCUCACCACCUUCAACUUAUCAAGGAGAGCUGAAGAUGCCGUUGCUGGGAUUAACACUCAGCUUGGAAACCUGGUCACACAAAGCAACUUUCUUUUCAAGAACACUGUUUCCUUACAUUCAGAACAACAUGAGACAGAAAGUGAGGUGGUGGAUGCACUGACGUACAUAGAGGAGACCCAAGAGACUAUGGAGAAAAACAAGAAGAAACUUGAAGAAAUAGCUGACAACAUUGGGGAAAUUCAAAGAGACAAAACACAGCAGCGUCUAAAUUUUACCUUGAGCGUGGCUGAAACAACUCUGAACCGCUCGGCAGAAGUCCUUCAGACGAUCACUCCCAUCAGCAGCAGGGUAGAGGAAUGGGCCAGCAACAUGAGAAACAAUGAAUACUCUACAGCUGCUUAUGAGCAGGCUGUCACUUCUGCAGGAGAAGCAGUGGAGAACCUGAACGUGCUUGUGCCGGAACUGCUGGACAAGCUGAAGGUGGUUGAGGAAAAGAAACCCGUCAACAAUGUGACCACCAACAUCAUGAGAGUCAGAGAGCUCAUCUCCCAGGCCAGAAGUGUAGUCAGAAAAGUCCAGGUGUCUAUGAAGUUUAAUGGUCAGUCUUCAGUGGAGGUGCAUCCACACUACAACCUGGAAGAACUGAAGACAGUGACAUCUAUCAGUCUGUUUGUCAGGGUGGACCCAGACAAGGACCCCAUAGAAGACAGGUUCAUCCUAUACUUGGGAGACAAAAAUGGUAGGAAGGACUACAUGGGUUUGGCCAUUAAGAAUGACAACCUAGUGUUUGUGUACAACCUUGGAAGUGAAGACGUUGAGAUCCCUCUGACGUCCAAGCCUGUCAGCCAGUGGCCUGCAGUCUUUAAUCACAUCAGAAUAGAAAGGCUGGGCCGACAUGGGAAAGUUCUCCUGACCAUCCCCAGCCAGGGCUCCACAGAUGAGCAGAAGUUUAUCCACAAAGGUGAAGCUCCAGGAACUAACUCCCUGUUUGACAUUGACCCCAAAACUUUUGUGUUCUUUGUUGGGGGUGUCCCAGCUGAUGUCAAGCUGCCGCCACCUCUGAGUCUUGCUCCUUUUGUGGGCUGCAUUGAGCUGUCUUCCCUGAACAAUGGGAUUAUCAGUCUGUACAACUUCAAAGAGACUCACAACAUGAAUGUUGAUACGUCUGUGCCAUGUGCCAGGUACAAAUUGGCGUUCUCAGAGAGUCGCAUUGCAAGCUACCUGUUUGAUGGACGGGGCUAUGCUCUCAUCAAUAAUAUGGAGAGGAGAGCAAAGUUUGGUGUUGUCACAAGAUUUGAUAUUGCAGUGCGAACAGUAAUGAAGAACGGUAUCAUUUUCCUCAUGGUCAACGGGGAUCAGUUUUUCCUGUUGGAAAUAAAGAAUGGCUUCCUGCACCUGAUAUAUGACUUUGGCUUCAGCAAUGGGCCAAAGCGUUUUGAAGAUAACGUACCAAAACGUCAAAUAAAUGAUGCAAGAUACCAUGAGGUGACAGUGAUCUACCAUCAGUCUAAGAAGGUGAUCUUACUGGUGGACAAGAGUCAUGUUAAAACAAUUGAUAACCCUAAAACCACACUGCCCUUCUCAGACAUCUAUAUAGGCGGGGCUCCCUCCAGCCUAUGCAAAGUCAGGCCAGAGCUUUCAUCUGUGGUUGGUCUGAAGGGCUGUGUGAAAGGAUUCCAGUUCCAGAAAAAAGAUUUCAACUUACUGGAAGAGCCUGACUCCAUUGACAUCAGCAGCGGCUGCCCAGAGGAGUCCUUUAUGUCCCACGAAGCUCAUUUCACUGGAGAGAGCUAUCUGGGGUCGACAGCAAAGAUUUCACCGUUUGACAGCUUUGAGGGAGGCCUCAACUUCAGAACGCUUCAGCCCAGUGGGCUCUUGUUCUACCACAGCCAAGGGUCGAACGAGUUCAGCAUCUCCCUGGAGAAUGGAGCAGUGGUGCUGAACAACAGAGGAACUAAAGUCAAAUCACACAAGAAACAAUACAGUGAUGGAAGGGCACACUUCUUGCUGGUCUCAAUGAACAAUCACAGGUAUUCACUGUUAGUAGACGACAAAGACAAGCAGGAGAAGAAACGUCCAUCAUCUGCCUCAGUGUCCACAUCAGACUCUUCUGCAAAGACCUUCUACUAUGGAGGGUCUCCAAGCAGCAGCUUCAGGAACUUCACAGGCUGCAUCAGCUACGCUUACAUCAACAGACAAGACCAAGACAUCGAAGCUGAGGACUUUCAGAGGUACACAGAGAAGGUGGGAGUCUCUGUGCAGGACUGUCCAGUACAGCAUCCUCCUGCUGCGCUGCAGUCGAGGCAGAGAGACAACGUCUCCAGAGCCAGACACAGUCAGUCACAGAAGGUUACCAGAGAUAAGUUCAGCUUUCCUCCAAACCUGAAGCAGCACAGGAGUGAUGACCAGGAUCCAUCAGAGCCACAGACUCUGUCCUGUUACCUGUCCUCGAGCCCACGAGCAACACACCGAGCCUUCCACUAUGGCGGCAUUGCCAACAGCAGGCAGCAUUACUCUGACCUCCCUGACUCUUUCUCUGAGAGGUUCAACCUGUCCGUGUCCCUGAAGACCCAGUCUUCUUUUAGCCUUAUCUUUUAUGUGUCUGACGUGCAAGAAGACAACUUUAUAGCUCUGGUCCUGACCCAUGGAAAACUUGUAUACACAUUCAACGUCGCAGACAAAAGAGUAAAAAUCAAGACGGAGAAGAGAUAUAAUGAUGGUGCAUGGCACAAUCUUGUUUUGAUUCGUGAUGGGAGUUUUGGUCGGUUAAUAAUUGACGGGCUCACAAAGCUGGAAGACACAGUUCAGGGAAGCAGCAUUCCCUGGAGGGUCAGCGACUCCCUCUUCAUUGGAGGCGUUCCCCCUGGAAGAGCUCAAAGGAAUAUUCAGAGAAACACUGUUUACAGCUUUACUGGCUGUCUGAAGAACCUCCAGCUGGAUGGACACCAGCUGUCCUCUGUAGCAGAGACAUUUGGGGUCACACCUUGCUUUGAGGGCCAAUCUGAGGCAGGAACAUACUUCUCAGAAGAAGGAGGAUACGUCGUCCUGGAUGAAACUUUUGAGCUGGGGCUCAGAUUUGAGCUGGUGAUGGAGGUGCGCCCCCGUGUGGCAUCAGGAGUGCUACUGCAUGUGCGUACUGCAGAGGGCUACUUCAUCAUCUACAUUCAUCAGGGGGCGGUGGUUGUUCUUGUAAAUGAUGGCAAACACGAGUUCUUUACAGAAGUAUCACCAAGCCAGAGUGUGUGUGAUGGUUCCUGGCACCAAAUUACAGUAAUUCGAAAUGGCAACGUUGUCCAGCUGGACGUAGACUCUGAGAUUCGCCAUGCUGUGGGGCCUGUGAAUCCCAGUUCCACAGACACAAAGAAGCCAGUGUUUAUUGGUGGAGCUCCAGAUCUGUUCCUCCCAGACAGCAUUGCCACCAGGAAGCCCUAUGUGGGCUGCAUGAGGAACGUGAUCAUCAACCAGAGCCAGGCAAGCCUCAGCAAGGCAGUUCUGGUCAGUGGAGCUGUCAGCAUUGGAACCUGUCCAGCAGCAUAACACUUUUAUCAAUAACCAUCUCAAACGGCAGUGACCCCAUUCUUAGAAUUUUUGUCUUAAACAUACCCUCUAAAAAUAUCAACUUUUGUUUUAUUUUGGUUGAUGCAUAUUUAUGUCUAUUAUAUUGUUUUGUAUCACAAAAAAAUGACCAAAACAUCCAAAUUAACAUGAUCUUGUGUGAACUGAAUAUGAACUGCAUUAUCCUGUGAAUUUAUUUAGAAUGGAAACGUCCUUUAUUCACACACUCCAGUGCAUGAAAUACAAACACACUUAAUUUUAUCCUUCAGGAGAGCACGAUCACUUUCUGUCAUCUUUUUGACAGGAUUUUUAUUACAGACUCCAUAUGAAAA